AUGUCGGAAAAUUUCAAGGAAACCUGCGCAUUGGUUCUACGGGGACAUGCAGGUGAUGGAACAGUUGCGGACUCUGGUCCGCUGACUUUUGCACAAGGCCGUCAGCAUGUAAUCCACUGGGCUCCGGGUACAGUUGACAACGAAUUCAUGGGCAAGAAAAAGUCCAAAUGUUGCUGCAUUUACGAAAAACCACGCGAAUGGGACGACCCGUCUUCGUCUUCCAGUUCAUCAGAUUCAGAUGACGAUGACUCGGGUCCUAGCAAACCGAAAAAGUGUACUGAACAUUGUCGCGGCCACACUAAGCAUUGCUUCACUAAAAAAGCUGCUGCCAAGCAGCGGGCUGCUCAGUCGACCACCUCACAAGUGGAACAAGAACAGCCACCUCGGCCGCCUUCUCCACCUCGUCAACCCGACCAAAAUGUCUAG